AAUUUUCCCUCCUGUAAGAUAAUUAUAAUUCUCAAUCAUACUUUUUGUCUUGUUUCUCUAAAAUAUUAUUGUGUACAUAAUCACAUAUGUACGAAUGUAUCUCAUAUUUACUCACGUGAUUGUGUAUAUAAAAAAUAUUGCAUUAGAAUAAAAUUAUUAUACACGCGAGCGAUGCGCAUCAUGCGUGUACGUGUAAAAUGUUUUGUUCUCUCUGACGUAAUAUUAUUAUAUUACGUUGCAUCCGAAAUUCAGAAAAUCUUUUCCGUAACAAAAUUAGAUAUUUUCAAGAAAUAAAAAUUAUAUCGUAAAAACACGACACACACGCACUCGAACACGAGUUGAUUCAGUUUAAGUACAUUCAGCGUUAGCGUUAUUUCCGUUAUUUAUAAGAGUUUUAUAAUGACCACUUUUAUAAAAUGUGUAUUUCGUGAGAAUAUGACAAUAUGUUGGAAUUUAUCGGGAGGGAUAAUAUUCCUCAACUGGAUCAAACAUCGUUAAAAUUACAAGUUCAAUACUGCGAUAUGCUGCCAAGUUCUUAAUGAAUCAUUAAUUUUAAGACGUAUAGGGAUGACUAGAUUGACGCAAACAUGCUUAUCCCUAGUUUCUUAUGAACCUUUGUCGCGUUUAAACAUUACUAUGAGUUAUUUUUACCAAUAUCCAUUUUUACUAAUAUAAAUUGUCAUUUUCCACUCAACAAAUUGUAACCGUAACAAACUAACUGUAAAUUAUUAUGCAACACAUUCGUUAAAUAACAUUACAUUGAUGAAUGUGAAAUUACAACUAACAUUUAUAUAACUGUAACUUGAUGUUUGCUGGGUAAUUACAUGAUUCCGUUUUGCUACGAACAUUAAACAUCUUUUAUAAAAAAAAGUAGAUUUAAAAAAUAUUUUUACAAAAAAUAAUUUUGUGUACUAACUGAUCAUUUUCAAAGAAAGGACGCUUUUUGUAAAAGAUAGGUAUGUGUCAUAUACUAUUUAAUGAUUUAUGAUAAUGAUUAUUUUUUCAAUAAAUAUGAGAAUCUAUUACUUUUGGUUAUAGCAACUAUAAAAAUGCAGAUACUCACUUUCAAUUUUCGAUUGUAUACCAUAUCUGGUCUAUGGCGACCAAUCGAAUGGUCUUCGAAAUCCUCCAAGUUGUUGUACAGCGUGUUCACAAUUACCACGAUAUAUCUGUUGACGUACUUCUCUGUAACUCACUUGUUGUAUAUUAUCUUUGUCAUCGAUAACGUGGAAGAAUUCGCUUCGACUUCCCCAUUUUUCUUUUCGACAAUUAGCUUAUUGUUUAAAGCAAGUACCGCGGUAAUCUAUCGCAACCAAAUUAUCAAUUUAAUCGAAAUUCUGCAAAAUAAACCUUGUAAAGCCGAGAACAAAGACGAGCUUGAUAUUCAGAUGAAAUAUGAUCGUGCGAUCAGAACGUAUUCCAUGCGUUUCGUACUUUUAUGUAGCUUCUCGAUGACGGGGGCUUUCGUAGCAGGAUUACUUGAUGUUUUAAAGGGUCAGUUACCUUAUAACAUGUGGGUACCUUGGGAGUGCACUUCGUUGUUUACAUUCUUGUCUACGUCCAUUCAAGAGAUCGCAGGUGUAACUAUUGCCACGGUUGUAAAUGUUGCGACUGAAACCACAGUAUUAGGAUUUUCCCUACAAGUGUGCGCACAAUUUGAAAUUCUGAAGCAUCGCCUUCAGAGAAUGAUGGAAAAUAGUAACGAGAAAAUGUCUCCGAAAAACUCAUUGAAUAAUGGGUCGCAUAAAAUAAACAAGUUGGCGACGCACAUUUUCCAUCAUGUAUGCAUAAUCAGACUUGCCGAAAAGUUCAACAAUGUGUACAGUCAAGUGAUCUUCAUUCAAUUUUUCGUCAGUGUUUUGGUAUUGUGUUCGAUUGUGUACCACCUGUCUUCUCAUUUGACAGUUGUAGACGUCAGUACCUGGGUCGUCUUCACAGUCAGCAUGUUUAUACAAAUUUUUAUUUAUUGCUGGUCUGGAAACCAAGUUAUAAUCAAGAGUUCUGAAUUGGGCGAAGCGGUAUAUCACAUGAACUGGAUGUCGAUGACACUCAACGAACGAAAGGAUUUAAUGAUGAUUAUGAAGCGUAGCUCAAAACCCAUUAAAUUUACCAGCAGUUUUUUAGUGACAUUAUCCCUGGAAUCUUAUACCAAUCUUCUAAGAGCGACUUUCUCCGCAUUUAAUGUUCUGCAACAAUUUUGAGACUUCAUUCAUUCCUUCGCAAUAUGUAUAUCACACAACAAAUAAACCGUUCAUUGUAAAAUAAAUAAAC